AAUGAAUAGAAUCAAAUUAAACAGUCUCUAACAAAAAGUAUAUAUAUAUUAUUAUAAUGUAGGUGAUUCCAGUUAUAAGGGAUGGAUUGAAUACAAUAAUAUAAACACCAAGUGGAACUGGAAAGACACUUUGUUAUUCUGUUCCAAUAAUUGAAUAGAAAAGAUCAAUUGUUCUUACUCCAACCAAAGAAUUAUCAAUUUAAACUUAUAAGAUUAUAAGAGAAUUAGAUCCUAAUAUAAGAGUAUCAAGAAUAGGGUCUAUUGGAUUAAUAGCUCCAAUAGUUGAAAUGAUUGUAAUAUGAUAAAUUAAAAAAGAGCGAUUAAGAAGCUAAAAAAUUAUAGAAUUAUGCUAAGGAAAGAAUAUAGAGAAUGAAUGAUUCUUUGAGAAAUUAAUUAAAUUGGGAUUUAAUUGAUAUUUGUAUAUCAACUCCUGGUUAAUUAGCUUAAUUAGUAAAAUUAGGAUGCAAAAUUUAAGAUGUUAAUUGUUUAGUAAUAGAUGAAGCAGAUUUAACUUGGGGGUAUAUAUAUGAUAUAUAUAUAAUAGUGAUGUAAGUUUUAGAGAGAGUAUAUAUACUAUUUAAAGAUAUCUGAAUAUAAAUUAAUUUGUGCUUUGCAAUUCAGUGAAUACAAUUAAGGAAGAGAAAGAAUUAAAAUCUUUAGAUGGAAGCAAAUUUACAUUUCAUAUUUCUAAAGACUAUAUGUAAAUGCCAAAAAGGAAAAUAGAAUUUAUGGAUAAACCACUUGAAGAAUAUUUAGAAAAUCAGAAAACAAUUAUUUUUGUAGAUGGAGAGAAAGAGUGUUAGGAUAUUUAAAAAAUUGUUGGAUCUAGUAAAUGUUUCCAUUCUGGAUAAUCAGUAGAGGAAAGAAUUAGAAAUUUAGAAGAAUUUAGAACAAAAGAAUAGAAGUAUUAAUAAUUAAUAAAUAUAGAACUUUAAUAUGUACAGGUCUUGGAAGUCGAGGAUUAGACUUUCCAGAAGUAACUUAGAUUAUAUUAUAUGAUCUUCCAAGAAAUUAUGAGGCAUUUCUUUUAUAAUGUGGGAGAUUGAGAUAAGAGAAUGGAAGAAGUAAGUAAUCUAAUAAUUAUUUAGUUAUUGUGAGAUUGAAGGAUUCUUUUGAAUCUGCAAUAUAUAAUGAAUAUGAAAGAUAUAAAUAUGUAUUUCCAAACAGUUGUGUAAAAUUGUGA